AUAUUCCAGUUGACGUCAUUUGUAAUUCAACUACUAAUCUCGAUAACUUGCACAGAGAUCGAUUUGAUCACAAUGCUCUGAUAUAGCGUUUAUCUCAGCCGUUAUCAGGAACGUUUGCAACACUGUCUUCGAUGCUGAGACAGUCGUUACAGCAUCUUGGUUGGCUGGUUUAUGUGUAUCAUGUGAAAAUUUGUUGAAUAUUUAUUUUUGUAUUUGGAAAUGCUUAAUUUAAUAUCAAAUAAGGAAUGCCUGAACUGGCCGCUGAUCCGGGCACACUUGUGCACUUUUGCUAUAACGUUGAGUUACAAUAGCACAUGGAGAGUUCCACGCGAAGCAGCGCGCUUUGGUGGUGUCCAAUACGGUCUGAUACUGUCAGUCGCGCUGUUGGUGGUGGCUCUGCCACUGGCCUUGUUACAACUUGCACUGGGACAACUGAGUCAACAGGAUACUGUAGGAUUGUGGCGUGCCGUGCCUAUAUUCAAAGGUGUCGGCUAUCUAAGAUUAUUAGUCUCAUUUUUUGGCUCUAUUUACACAGCGAUCUAUUUGGCGCUCACUGCAGCUUAUUUUCUUUAUACAAUUACAAAUUCUACUCCUUUUAUUGAAUGCACAGGUGUUGUUCAAACACUGGAUGCAUAUUCAAAAUCCGAUACGUUCAAUUCAUCCAAUUGUUUUAAUCUUCCUUUUAUGUCUCACGUGAAAUCAGAGCCAGAAUAUUUUAUAGCUGUAUGUUUAAUUAUAUUAUUCACAUGGAUUAGUUUACCUUUCAUUCUUUACAGUCCUGUGAAGUUAAUGAAACGAGUAUUUUUCGUACUAGGACCACUAGUUAUAAUCCUGAGUAUAAUGACAGUGUCGGGCAUGGCUGCGGAUAGUAGAAUACAAUGGAUGAUAAAGGAGGAUGAUUGGAGUAAUUUUCUAGAACCAAACAUUUGGUUAGAGGCGAUAACACAAGCACUUUUGACCUCACAAGUGGCUGGCGGUUAUCUCAUAUCAGCUGGUGACUCUAUCUAUUCUAAUAAUGAUAUCAGAUGGACAGCUGUACUAUUAAUCGCUAUAAACAUCGUGGUGAAUUGGAUGAGUUUAAUAUUCUGGUUCAGUAUCGGCGGCAGUGGAGACAUGGAGACCGGUUCAGUGGCAGUACUAGCACAAAUUUAUAUUGUUGCCGCUAAGAAUGGUCUUAGCAUCGUGUGGCCACUUAUCGCAUUUGCCACACUGAUCUUCUCAGGGAUCAUUACAAUGUUGACAUGUUUAUAUCCGAUGUAUGACCGGAUCCGACGAGUGGGCGGCGUUCGUUGGCGUGCUGCCUGCGCUGGUAGUGCUCUGGUAUGUGCUGGAGCUUCUAUGGCAGUCCUUGCGGGACGCUGGCACGCGCUCUCUAUAUUAGAAGCCUUGGCUGUACCAAUGCUUGUCUGCUCUGCCACUGUACUCGAAGUACUUGCCUUUAUCUUCAUUUAUGGUUCUAAAGCUCUAAUGGAAGAUAUGGAAUUUCUAACCGGGGAGCCUUUAUCGAAGUUUUGGGUGUGGGGCUGGUGGUUGACGCCGUGCGUGCUGCUGCCAUUUCUUGUGUGGUGGGCUGUGGUGGUGAGCGGUGGAAACUGGCAGCUGCCUCCGUGGCCACCCGCUGUUUUGACAGCAACUAGUGUGCUCGCGGUUUUGUUACUCGUAGUGUACGCGGUGAUUGCCGUCGCCAGACAGGACCAAUACGAUAUUAUAGCGAAGCUGAAGUCAUCAUUUAAACCCUCACGCCAUUGGGGUCCUAGAGAUCCCAUCGCUCAUUACUAUUGGCUGUCACGACGCGAGCAAGUCCAGAGUGGAAACACAGAGAGUAGGUACAGGAGGCGACACUUGGGUCAGAUGUCCGGUAGUUUCAUUUCAAAGCCUAUGGUCUUUCAACACAUCAAAAACUUUAAUGGCAACGAAAAGAGGCGUUCAAAUUCCGAUGACUGGAUCUACACUAUUUAUAGAAAGAAAUAUCUUCAAGAAAUGUUUUCCGAUUAUAUGGCGCCUAAACAUUCUCGCUCUAAGUCUUUAGAAUGGGCUAAGUAUCCAGAUUUAAGAGUGAAGAAAGACUCCGGGAACCAUAACGAGUCUGUGGACUCUGUAAAAGAUGAUUCGAAAUCUAAGUGUAGUGAAAAUGAAAUGUAUAGUAAAUGUUAGAAUAUUACAGAUUGUGUACCUUUAUUAAAGAUUAUGAUCACCGAUAAGGAACAUCAUCAUAAGGUUUAGAUUAGAGUUAAGAAAUUAUAACAUCGUUUGUAUAACUGAAUGGGAAUUAAACCUUCAUGGAUGAUGUGACUAGAAUAUAUUGAUUAAGUGACACUUGCAGAUUUUCCAGUGUUAACAGUACUUAUAUAUUUAGACACCAUAUGAUUUUAUAUUCAGAAUUGAAAUUCUUACACCAUGGGGUAAAUAGAUCGCACUAAAUAUGAGUGAGAAAUUUCCAAAAAUCAUAACUUUGUAUGAUGUAGCUAUGUUUGGUGAGAAAAACUAGGUUAGAGUUGUUUUAUAAUCAU